AUGGCGGAGCGGCUGCCGCCGGGCCCGCCAGUGAUUUUUUGCCAGGACUCUCCGAAGCGCGUCUUGGUUUCCGUUAUCAAAACUACCCCGAUCAAACCCUCCUCGCGAGGGGGUGGCGAGGAGCCGGCACCCGCCCCGCCCGUUCCCACCAGCCCCGGCUUCAGCGACUUCAUGGUGUACCCCUGGCGGUGGGGCGAGAACGCCCACAACGUGACCCUCAGCCCCGGCGGCACCGUCGCCCCUCCAUCCCUCCCUCCGCCCCGCGGGGGAGCGGGCAGAGCCCCUGACGGGGACGAAGAAAAGGCGGGGAACCAGGGCGGCGGCAGACAUCGGCACCUGAAGGAUGGGAUAAGGCGAGGCCGGCCCAGAGCAGACACCGUCCGUGACCUGAUUAAUGAAGGAGAGCACUCCUCCAGCAGGAUACGUUGCAAUAUCUGCAACAGAGUGUUUCCACGAGAGAAAUCACUGCAGGCCCACAAACGAACUCACACUGGUGAAAGGCCUUAUUUGUGUGAUUACCCAGAUUGCGGGAAAGCCUUUGUUCAGAGUGGGCAGCUCAAAACUCACCAGCGUCUUCACACAGGGGAGAAACCUUUCGUCUGCCCAGAAAAUGGCUGUUUAAGUAGAUUUACGCAUGCAAACCGUCAUUGCCCCAAACAUCCUUAUGCCCGACUGAAGAGGGAAGAGCUCACAGACAGGCUGAGUAAGAAGGAGACUGCUGACAAUAAAGCUGUGGCUGAGUGGUUAGCGAAAUACUGGGAGAGCAGAGAACAGCGUGCUCCUGCUUUGAAAACUAAAACAAUUCAGAAAACAGAUCAGGAACAGCAGGACCCAGUGGAGUAUCUUCAGUCUGAUGAAGAGGAUGAUGAAGAGAAAAACAGCGCUCAUUCAGCUGCUCGCCGUCGCCUCCAGGAACAGCGUGAACGCAUGCAUGGUGCACUGGCUCUCAUUGAGCUCGCAAACCUAGCUGUGGCACCACUUCGAAAGUAG